AAGUAGAGUUGUUGUUGUAGUGGAGGAGCGGGCGGUCAAGUCGGAGCUGCCGGACGAGGCGAGUGACGAGGACUGCGUGUCGGUGUGUUCGGACGGCAGCGCCGCCCUGGCCAGGGAACAGCUCUCGAUGACAUGUUCCGUGGUGCUCGAGCGCCUCCGUGACGACGCGACUGUUCACAGUGGAGGCAAACCAUACUGCUGCGAACACUGUGGCGAACAUUUUCUAAAUAAGUCAAUUUUAAGAAAACACAUACAGUAUUCUCACUUAUCGUCUGGAUCCAAGAAAUUUAAUUGUGAUUUUUGUAGUUCAGCAUUUCAAACUAAAUUGCGUGUAUUAGAGCAUGAAAAAAAAGAACACGGUGUUACAAAUUUCAUGUGUGCUGAAUGUGAGUAUUCAACAAGUUCGAAGAAGAGUUUGCGUAUCCAUAUAAAGAGUCACUCUGUGGAGAAUCUGUUUGAUAGUAGUCAGUAUAAACGUGAAAUACACAAACACCAAAAAAUACACGUUGGGGAAAAGCAGCUUCAGUGUACGAAAUGUGAUUUCAAAUGCAGUGUUGAAUCAAACCUGCGACAUCACCAGAAAACGCACAACAGAAGACACCAAAAGCUGUACACAUGUAGUCAAUGCGAUUACAUAUGCAGUCAAAAAUCAAGACUAAAAAAUCACAUGAUGAUACACACUGGGGAGAAGCCAUUUCAAUGUAGCAACUGCGACUUCAGGUGCAGGUGUAAAACAGACUUGCUAGUACACCAGAGGACGCACACCGGGGAGAAGCCUUUUCAGUGUAGUCACUGCGAUUACAAAUGCAGUCGAAAUUCACACCUUAAAGUACACAUGAUGAUACACACUGGAGCGAAGCCAUUUCAAUGUAUCAACUGCGACUACAGGUGCAGGACGAAAGAAAACCUGCUACAACACCAGAUGAAACACACCGGGGAGAAACCUUUUCAGUGUAGCCACUGUGAUUCCAAAUUCGGUGCAAAAACAUGGCUAAAAAAACACAUGAUGAUACACACUGGGGCAAAGCCAUUUCAAUGUAGCAACUGCGACUACAGGUGCAGCCAGAAAGAAAGAUUGCUAGUACACCAGAGGAAACAUACCGGGGAGUACCCUUUUCAUUGUAGUCAUUGCGAUUACAAAUGCAGUCAAAAAUCACGCCUUAAAUUACACAUGAUGGGUCACACUGGGGCGAUGCCAUUUCAAUGUAGCCACUGCGACUACAGGUGCAGGGAGAAACGAAGCUUGUUAAAACACCAGUGGAAACACACCGGGGAGAAGCCUUUUCAGUGUAGUCACUGUAAUAACAAAUUCAGCCAAAAAUCAGGCCUUAAAAACCACAUGACGAUACACACUGGGGCAAAGCCAUUUCAAUGUAACAACUGCGACUACAGGUGCAGGGAGAAAGGAAAAUUGUUACUACACCAGAGGACACACACCGGGGAGAACCCUUUUCAGUGUAGCUACUGCGAUUACAGGUUCAGGCAGAAACAUCACUUGCUGGCUCACCAGAGGAAACAUACCGGGGAGUACCCUUUUCAUUGUAGUCAUUGCGAUUACAAAUGCAGUCAAAAAUCACGCCUUAAAUUACACAUGAUGGGUCACACUGGGGCGAUGCCAUUUCAAUGUAGCCACUGCGACUACAGGUGCAGGGAGAAACGAAGCUUGUUAAAACACCAGUGGAAACACACCGGGGAGAAGCCUUUUCAGUGUAGUCACUGUAAUAACAAAUUCAGCCAAAAAUCAGGCCUUAAAAACCACAUGACGAUACACACUGGGGCAAAGCCAUUUCAAUGUAGCAACUGCGACUACAGAUGCAGGUAUAAAGUAAGACUGCUAAAUCAUCAGAGUAUACACACCGGGGAGAAUCGUGUAUAGUAUAGUCACUGCCACGUCACCAGAAGACGUCUACUGGGACGAAGCCUACAAACGUAGCAAUAACUACUACAAGUGCAGCCUGAAGCAAAACCUGCGAAGACACCAGAUGAUACACGGAAGAGAAGCCUUAUAGUAUAUGGAACGUUUGCGCUGGAAGGCAUGCCUCUUGACCUAAAGUUUUAUUAAUUAGUCUUGUAACAAUACUAAU